CGCGUGUCGGCGGCACAAGUGGAGACACAGCCCAUCGCAAGUAGUCGAUUACGCAACACCGAUAACAGGACGCGAUUGUUUUUGUGGACCAACUUUUUCUUUUUUUGACUAUUUGAUUAUUUUUGUUCCUGAGAGGAUUUACGUAUUUUCAACACAUUGCCUACAAUUUGAUCCACGAUCAUGCCAGCUGAUACUAUGGAAAAGCAGACAGGCUCCCCAAUGGCUGGUGCCCCAGCAAACGGAUCACACACACCGGACAAGCCAAAAAAUGCCAGCGAGCAUAGAAAGUCAUCCAAGCCCAUCAUGGAGAAAAGGCGCAGAGCAAGAAUUAACGAAAGCCUUGGUCAGCUCAAGACGCUCAUCCUAGAUGCACUGAAGAAAGAUAGCUCCAGACACUCCAAGCUGGAGAAGGCAGACAUCCUGGAGAUGACAGUGAAACACCUGAGGAACCUGCAGCGCGUCCAGAUGAGUGCAGCUCUCCCUCCUGACGCCACCGUCCUGAGCAAGUACAGAGCAGGAUUCAACGAGUGCAUGAAUGAAGUCACUCGCUUCUUGUCCACCUCCGAGGGGGUAAAUGUGGAGGUGAGGUCGAGGCUGCUCAACCACUUGUCCAGCUGUAUGGGUCAGAUGAUGGCCAUAAACUACCCGCAGCAGCAGCAGCAAGCUCCCCCCCAGCAGGCCCAUCUUGGUCAGCCCCUCCAUGUGCAGCUCCCCUCCACCCUGCCCAUCAGUCCCGCAAUGGCCUCCAAACUCAGCCCAGCCGAAACAGCCUCGCCUAAGGUGUUCGGCGGCUUUCAACUGGUGCCAGCAUCCGAUGGACAGUUCGCCUUCUUGAUCCCUAACCCUGCAUUUGCAGCUGCCACAGCAGCACCGGUUAUUCCCCUGUAUGCAAACGCAGGGCUGCCGGUGGCUAUCAACGGGCCUUCGGCGCCCACUGCUGCAUCACCGGUCCACGGUAUGACGUCUUUCUCCGGGGGAUCCCAGGCGGUCAGCCCGGUGGGUGUGAGCCCUGGCUCGGACAGCGGCGAGGCAGUGUGGCGUCCAUGGUAGCGCCUCCUUGGCAAGUUUGGGGAUGAAAGGAAAACAAGCAAAGCUGUUACGAGGAUCCAACCUGUGACUUUUCUAAUUCAGCACCCUAAAAGAGUUGAUGUCGCUACAUUGUUUGUUUCGUUUUAUGGAACAGAGAGCCCUUAGCUGGCACAAUUUAAAUAAUUUAUCACCAAUUCCAACAUUUGGAUUUUGGAGACAAAUAACGUGUACAUACAGAAGAGAUGAUUUAUAGGAGUUUUACUAUAAAGUACUUUUUAUCAAAAGGUUUAGUUUUGUACAGUUAUUGAUUGUUAUACCAAAGCUGUGUUUUAUAUUCCUUCUUCCUUGUGUUUUCAAGAAAAAAAACUGGGUGAUUGCCUGGUGUCUGUUAAAUAAACAA